AUGUUUAACCACGCUGUUUCUGACCAGAACGCAUCUCAGGAUGUCUCUAACCAGCCUGUCUCUGGUCAGCUUGCUUCUGACCGGUUUUCCUUUGAGCAGCUUUCUACUGUUCGGGGUGCCUUCCACCAUGAUACCUCGGACCAUCUUGUUUCUGACCAACUUGCCUCUGGCCAGGAUGCCUUUCACCAAGGCACCCUUAAGCUGAGUGCAUCCGACCAGCUUGCCUAUGGUCAACUUGCCUAUGGUCGCUUUUCCUCUGAUGAUGAACCUAACCAGGCUGCGUGGCUCACGGCCAAAUCGGAUCAUCCCCUCAUGAUUGAAGACGCACCAUACACGCCUCCCGCCGCAAAUCAAAUCGUGAUUAAGAAUGCUGCUGUUACUGUCAACCCCGUGGAAUGGAUUAAGCAGUUGAUGGGCAACAUAGUACUCGCCUGGAUUCAGUACCCCUUCGUGCUGGGAAAUGAUUGUGCCGGUGAAGUUGUUGAGGUUGGUGACAUGGUCUCCCAAAUCAAGGUUGGUGACCGCGUUCUGGCUCAUGCAGUUUCAAUGGACCCAGCUGUCAACAAGUCGUCCGAAGGUGCCUUCCAGCACUACACUGUAAUCCGUGACAACAUGGUCACAGUGAUUCCCGACUGGCUCUCGUACGAAGAAGCUUGUGUUAUUCCUCUCGGUUUGUCUACUGCCGCAACCGCCCUGUUCCAUGCUGACUUCCUGUUCCUCAAUCGCCCUUUCGCCCCGCUCGGCAGAUUCCCGCUUCCCCAGGUUGUCCUGGUGUGGGGUGGUUCGACUAGCGUCGGUUGCAAUGCCAUUCAGCUUGCCUCGUCGGCCGGAUACGAGGUUGUCACAACUUGCUCGCCGAAGAACUUUGAAUACGUUACCAACCUGGGUGCAACCGCAGUUUUUGAUUUUCGCAGCGAGCUUACCGUCCCGCAGAUUAUCCAUUUCCUCAAUGACAAGAAGGUUGUCGGUGCCGUCGCCAUUGGAAAGGAUUCAACUGAAGCGUGCAUCAGAAUUCUCGCGAAGACGAACGGCCCGAAGCUCGUGGCCCAGGCCGGCCUCCCCUACCCGGAAACCAUCCCAAAUACGAAGUUCAAGGUAUUCCGUGCUGUGACAGCCUCGAAGUGGUAUGACUUCAAAGUCGCCAUCAAGUCAAAACGCUACGGCGUGAAAACCAAGCUUGUCCACGGUACGUCUGCGGCCCACAGCGACAUUGGGUCUAUGAUCUAUCGUGAGUAUCUCCCCGAGGCUCUUGCAAGUGGAGCCUUUGUGCCUGCUCCCAAGGCCCGUGUUGUGGGAAGGGGCCUGGAGCAAAUCCAGACCGCCAUGGACUGCCACAUGAGGGGGGUAUCAGCUCAGAAAGUUGUUGUGUCUCUUUGA